AUGUCGUACAACGCGCUCGCGUUGUCCCGAAUUCUCUUUGUCGUCCGCGUCGUACCCGUCGUCACGGAGUACCCAAUGCUCGAGUUCGUCAAGGAUAGUAAACUCGAGGCUCGCCUGGUCCGGUGUCCAAGAGCCGAUGCUCAGGCGAUAUUCGUUCCAAAUUGGGCUAUGAAGGACGGCUCAUGCCUGUCUCUGAGGCGUUGGUGCUACUGGUCGAUCGAGAAGUAA